GCUCUCUCGCGGGUAGGACGUCAUCCACAACGUCCCUCCCUCUCCGUUAUUCCCUCUUCACUCCGCCCCGGCCUGCUUCACGCCCGCCUGCCUGCACUCCUUUCUCUCCACCACCACAUUCACCACCUCCAGCCAGCCCGCUCAGCCAGCUUACCCGGACUUCGCCUCCUCUGGCCGGCCACAGACCCCACCGACUCUCGGGAUACACGGACGGGGGAGGGGGAGAAAACAGCUCGUUUGGGAGAAGCGACCACCAGUCGCAUUGCAGCAUCUUGAUCACCACCCUUUUCAAUCUCACAUCGUUGUAGUUUUUCACCUCUUUUUGUAUAAAUUUGAGGAUAAAACAGUGUGAAAAGUUUAGGGUAAAGAUGUAAAAAAAAGCCGCUGCUUGGGACACAAGAGUGCUGCCUGGUUAGCAGCAACAGCGAGCUGGACGCCUUCAUUCAGGGGCACCGUUAGCUUGUCUGUUCCAGACAUUUUUUUUAAUCAUUUGCCAAGAGAAAUUCCACACUUCUCGGCGAAAGAAGAAAAAACACCAAGAUGCUGUCCGAGCUGAGUGAAUGGUUCUGGCAGGAGCGGCUGUGGUUUCCGGAAGGCCUGGGCUGGGCCGACCUGGAGGAUCGGGAGGGACGGGUUUACGCCAAAGCAGGGGAUCUGUGGGUAGCCCUGCCCAUCGCUCUUGUGUUUCUAAUCGUCCGUCAGAUCUUUGAAAGGACGGUGGCGACGCCUCUGGCCUCUCUGCUGGGGGUAAAAGAAACAGUACGGCUCAGGGCGCCUCACAACCCCACACUGGAGUCCUACUACUGCCACGUUACCAAAAACCCCACACAGGUUUCGGUAGUGAGCCUUUGCAAGCAGACGGGCUGCUCGGAGAGACAAGUGCAGCGAUGGUUCCGAAGACGGAGGAAUCAGGACAGGCCAAGUUUGCUCAAGAAGUUUCGAGAGGCCAGUUGGAGAUUUACCUUUUACCUUCUUGCUUUCAUUGCUGGCCUGGCCGCCCUCAUCGAUAAACCAUGGCUCUACGACCUGAAGGAGAUGUGGCAAGGCUUUCCUGUGCUGACUCUGCUGUCAUCUCAGUACUGGUACUACAUGAUAGAACUGGGCUUCUACGGCUCCCUGCUCUUCAGUGUGGCCUCAGAUGUCAAACGCAAAGACUUCAAGGAGCAGAUUGUCCACCACGUUGCAACCAUCCUCCUCAUCAGCUUCUCCUGGUGUGUCAACUACAUCCGCGCUGGAACACUCAUCAUGCUGGUGCACGACUCCUCCGAUUACCUCCUGGAGUCUGCAAAGAUGUUCAACUAUGCUGGCUGGAGAAACGCAUGUAACUACAUCUUCAUCCUAUUUGCUGGGGUCUUCAUCGUCACUCGCCUCGUCAUCUUUCCUUUCCGGAUUAUCUACUGCACAUGGGUGUACCCGGUGACCAUCUAUGAGCCCUUCUUUGGCUACUACUUCUUCAAUGGUCUGUUGAUGGUGCUGCAGUGUCUCCACAUCUUCUGGGCCGUUCUCAUCAUACGGAUAGCCGUCCGCUUCCUCACCAACAAUGAAAAAGUGGAUGACGAGAGGAGCGACAAGGAUGAGACAGACGAGACCGAUGAGGAGGACGACGACGAGGAGGAAGCCACAAAGGUCAUGCGGAAAAACGGGCCGCUGCAGAACGGCCACGCGGUCCACAACAACAACCACAGCAAGGUGGAAUGACGGGAAAGGGAGUGUGAGAAGGACUCACGUGCCUCGGCAGGGGCCAGCGCCGCCCGAGUAGGAAGAUGCUCUAGUGGCGGGAGGAAGAUGAGGGGUUUUAGUCAUGCGUCAAAACGUAAAUCUGACACUGUUACCUUUGCACAUCACAAAAAAACACAGUUUAGAAAGCCAACAGGUUAGUUAACUACACUAAGUGGCAUGGCUUCUUUUUUGCUUUGCCAGGGUGUGACCACACCUUCUCACUUUAGACAGGGAACAAACUGGAGAGGAGAGGAGGAGAGGAGGAGAGGAGGAGAGGAGGAGAGGAGUGAUGCCACCACAGCUUUCCUCGCUCCCUUGCUGUGUGCCUUAGAGCCAGACCUCUGGCUUUUUAAAACCAUGCCAUUUUAAACUCUACGCUUUAAUUGUUUUCAAUCGAGCGCUUUGUGCUUCUCUUCUUUUCCACAAAAAGAACAAAUGAGUUUGAUGACAGGGCAUUUAUUUCCCUACAUUGUGUCUAUGCAACCACACGAGUGUUGCGCUAUUGCAACGCCUUUGCACAACCCCACACUUCCUCCUGUUUUGUGUGUUUUGAUUUGAUGACAGCUUGCUGUGCCGUCUCUAAAGUGCUUUUUCCAGCGCCUUCACGUCCAAUGCCGUAGGCCCAGGGGUGUCCAAAGUGCAGACCGGGGGCCAUUUGUGUUUUUUUAUUGGCCCGCCGCACAUUCUAAAAACAUAAUUCAACAAGGAAACGCCCCCAAAAACUGAAAUAUGAUGGUUUACCGUAAUUCCUGUUGUAUAAGCCGCCACUUUUUUCUUUGAAUCCUGCAGCUUAUUUAUGAUUGUCUUCUAAGAUCGUGGCGUCUCCUACCACUAAUCAUGUCAACUCUAUGCUGCUCACGUGCCAGUGAGCAAACCGAAGCUCUUGCUUUGGCAGGAGCCAAUCACAAGUUUCAUUGUAACGCACGACGAGAAAUCGCAGGGCGUCAUGACUCAGUAUAACAGGAAGCUCAAAUCAUCACACGGCAACUACAGCUCGAACUCCAACAUGAAAAUAACAAUUAUUACAUGAAAAUAACAAACAAAAGCUAGUUUACCGCAUACCCACAGUGCAUCACUGCAAGCAGAGACGUUCAUCGGCCAAAGGCUGCCCGCUGUGUCGGGCGUCGGACCACCAGAGGGAGCUUUUUCUAGCAUGAAGUUGAAAUAUUAAAGAAAAAAUAUGUAAAAAAAAAAAAAAAAAAAAAGUUAGGUAAAAAUUCGGUUGGGGAAAAAGUUAUAAUAUUAUGGGAAUAAAGUCAUCAUAUUAUGAGAGGAACAUUUACAAGAAGAAAGAAGAAAUAUUUGGGAAAAAAACAAAACAACAGCAGCAAUUAUUGAAAAAUCAGCUGUACUUUUACAAAAAUAAAGUCUAAAUAUUAAGAGAAAAAAGUCACAAAUUUACAAGAAUAAAUUCAUAAUAUUAAGAGAAAAAUAAUGUUAUUUUUGUAGUAUAAAGUUGAAACAUUAAAAAAAUAUAUGUUGUUUUUUUCAAGUAAUAUUAUGACAAACAAAAAGUUGCCAUUUUUGGAAAAUUAAGUUGGGGAAAGUUAAAUUAUGGGAAUAAUGUCAAAAUAUUAGGAGUUAAAAUUUAAACGAACCAAGUUGAAAUAUUUUAAAAAUUUAAGAAAAAACAUUAAAAAUGUGAAAAAGGGAGCAAAGAGUGACAUGGAUUUUAAUAAGAGGCUUUUUCACCAAUGGGACGAAGCUGAGACGCAUUUUUUUUCUUGAAACAUACAGUGGUGUGAAAAAGUGUUUCUUCCCUUCCUGAGUUCUUAUUUUUUUGCGUGUUUGCCACACUUAAAUGUUUCAGAUCAUCAAACAGAUGUAAAUAUUAGUCAUGACAACACAACUCAACUCAACUCAAAAUCAAAGCUACAUGGCCCUGUGUUAUCCCGUAAUAAUCAAAAGUUUCAUUUAAAAAGUGCAUAAAGUGUUGAGUUGUGUUGUCAUUGACUAAUAUUUACAUUUGUUGAAACAUUCAAGUGUGACAAACAUGCAAAAAAAUGAAGCAAUCAGGAAGGAGGCAAACACUUUUUCACGCCAGCGUGUAUAACUUGUUAGCAUUUCUACAUGUGUUACUUUAUCAAAUAUUAUUUUUCACGAUGUGGCCCUCGCUGGACAAACCUUUGGACCCCCCUGCUCCAGCCUACAGGUGUGUCCCUCGGCUUGCUGCUUGAAAGGAGUGCUGUGUUUGAAUCGGGGAGUCACAGCUCCGUGCUCGCUAGCGGAUUUCAGUGUUUGAAUGUCAUGCUUCUGCCUGAAGCGGCUUAAUCCACUUCCCAGGUCCUGAAUGUUGCUGCGUGUGCCAUCCUCUGCAAAUAGCCCCUUUCACACAGAGAUCACAUCAGUGCCGAAACAGUUUAUUUAUUGUGUGAAUGCUGAAUUCGAGCCUGUGCUGUUUUAUACACAACCCAGAGAAAUGCUUUUGGUGGAGGUCACUUUCGGGGUGGCGCAAACCCACCUGCUAGCUUUGACGUUGACCUCUUUGAUUUGGGGUCAACAUUUGCAAUAAAAGGGAUUGCAUGUUGUAAUGCUUAGAUUACACAUUCGGCUGCAGAACCCCUCCCCUUCUCUCUUCAAUUGCAGUUGUUCACUCGCCACACAAUCCAGGUUUAAGCCCUAAAUAUGCUCCACACACUUAUUCAACACAUAAAAUGUACAGCCACUCACCACCAAUGAAUGAUAAUGGAAGAUGAUCCAUGAACAGCCACGGCACAGAACUACGAUGUGUUCAAGGACCGCUCAACAAAGUGCGAAACCUCAACGCUUGACGAAAAAACAAGUGAACAUACAAAUUGUGACUUAUUUUUUCAACAGCAGUACAUGUAUGCUGUACAUUGUACAUGUAUUAUCACAUAUUUAUAAAUUAUGACAGACCUAGUGUGAAUGAAUGCCCCAAAACAAUUCAAAAAAAAAAAUCAUUAUUUUUUUUAGUUAAUUUGUGAUUUUUGACUGUAAUUAUUUUAUUUUUGGGGGGAAAAAAAAAACUUUUCUCUGAACUUGCCAUCUUAAAAAAAAUAUUAGGAAAAUAAAUAAAAAAAAACAGCAAAUAUUGAAAAAUCAGCAUAUUUAUGUAUGUAAAAAAAAAUUUACUAAAAAGUAAUAUUAUGACAAACAAAAUAAAGUUGUAUUUCUUGCAAAAUGAGGUUGGGGAAAAAUGCUAUCUAAUAUUAUGGGAUGAAAAUUUACACGAAGAAAGUUGAAAUAUAUGGGGGGGGGGGGAGCAGCAAAUAUUGAAAAAUCUGCAGUACUUUUACAAAAAUGGAGUAAAAGUAUUAAGAGAAAAAAGUCACACUUUUACGAGAAUAAACUUGCAAUAUUAAGAAGAAACUAAUGUCAGUUUUUUAAAGAAAAUAUGUGUCAUAACUAAUAUGACAAACAAAACAAAAUAAAGUUGGAAUUUUUGGAAAAUUAGGUUGGGCAACAAGUUAUGAUAUUACAAUAUUAUGAGAAGAAAAUUACAAGAAGAAAGUUGAAAUAUCUGGACAAUUUCAAAAUAAAACAACAGCAGCAAAUAUUGAAAAAUCAGCAGUACUUUUACAAAAAUAAAGUAAAAUUAUUUAGAGAAAAAAAAUCACAUUUUUACGAGAAUAAACUUGCAAUAUUAACAGGAAAAUAAUGUCAUUUUUUAGCAUAAAGUUGAAAUAUUAAAGAAAAAUGUAUUUUUUAAAAGUAGUGUGACAAACAAAAGAAAAUUAAGUUGGAAUUUUGGGAAAAUUAGGUUGAGCAAAAAGUUGUAAUAUUAUGGGAAUAAAUUCAUAAUAUUAUGAGAAGAAAUUUACAAGAAGAAAGUUGAAAUAUUCAGAAAUUUAAAAAAAACAGCAGGUAUUGAAAAAUCACCGGUACUUAUACAAAAAUUAAGUAAAAAUUUUAAGAGGAAAAAAAAUCACACUUUUCCGAGAAUAAACUUGCAAUAUUAAGAAGAAAAUAAUGUCAUUUUUCUAACAUAUAGUUGAAAUAUUUUUUUUUCAUUGUUUUUUUUUUUUAAGUCAUAUGACAAACAAAAGAAAAUAAAAUUGGAAUUUUGGGAAAAUUAGGUUGAGCAAAAAGUUAUAAUAUUAUGGGAAUAAAUUCAUAAUAUUAUGAGAAGAAAUUUACAAGAAGAAAGUUGAAAUAUUCGGAAACUUAAAAAAAAAACAACAGCAAAUAUUGAAAUAUCUACAGUGCUUUAAAAAAAAAUAAAGUAAAAAUAUUAACUUGCAAUAUUCAGAGGAAAAUAAUGUCAUUUUUCUAGCAUAAAAUUGAAAUACUCGAGAAAAAAAUAAAGCAGUCUUAAAUCUCUAUCAUCUUAAAAAUGUGUUAUUGUUUUUACAUUUUCUUUCCAUGUAAUUUUAUAUAUGCAUACUGUCUGUAUUUGGAGGCAGUAUAACGGACGUAAUAGAGGCAGAGUGUCAUCUGUGUGAAAGGGGAUUCCGCAGUGUUGUCAAUGUAUUUUUCCCCGUGGUCGCUGUCCUAUAAGUAUUUCUGUGGCCACCUCAUGUCAUGACCCGUUUGGCCCGUUACACCGAUGUCGCACAUGGCUGGGUUUUGUAUGAAAUGCACUGUUAAGGCUCUUACGUGCCAAUUUUGCAGCACGGGUGUCCAAACAUACCAAAAAAAAUCAAGGAUUCGGGGGCCACUUUGUUUCCCUCCCCAGUCCCGGAGGCGGGAUGGCAUCUGUUUUGUACGUCUGUGUAGGCUCUCAGUCGUACAGGAGUUGUCCAUCGAGGAAAAGGCUUCUUGAGACGUCAUCUGUACUUCUGUGUAGUAAGUACUUCUACACAGAAGUACAGAUGACGUCUCAAGAAGCCUUUUCCUCGAUCUGUUUUGUACGUCACACUGGGACGCCAGUGGUUGCUGACGUCGUCACGAGUCUGAUUUUCUGACGGCGGGAUUCCGUGAAGGCUAAGCGUACAUGUCUGCGUGAAAUGCCCCACUGCCAAAUUUGCCGUAUCUCUGUGGAAAGAGGCGGCAUAGACAGUCACAGCUACUGCAGAUACUACCCCCGUUCCGUGUCUCGAAGGACAGCAUUCCCAGUAGCAAACGUGAAGGACACUUAUGGCUUUUACUGGAGUGACUGGACCUGCAGUAUUCCCAAGUACUGCGUUUUUCACACCACUGCCAAGCAUCCUGGCUGAUGUUGAUGAUCCACGCCAGGGUUGUGUGUUAAGUAUGGUAGCUGAAGGAUGUCAGAUGUCAUUGGAAUUCAUCCAUGGUUGCUUUGACUUGAUUCUUCUCCUACACCAAGUGCCUUAUUGGUCAUUGAUGGGACGUCCCCUCUCCACUCUCCCCUCUCCUGUCUGCCCACUUCUUCUUCUCUGUCUCCACCUCACUCACUCGCAUCGGAGCCCACCUCAGACCACGCGUGUCCUCCGUCAUCGCUCGCGUUCCUCCUCCACAGAUCCCUCAUUCCACCUUCUACUUUUUUUUUUUUUUUUUUUUUUUUUUUUUUACUAACGUAGACCAAGCAACCGGCAAGCUUCCUUUCCUCUUCCACGGUGACGCAGAAGCAAGAGCUGCGUCCUGGUUACAGUGUUACUAUUGUUUUGUUUGGUUCAACGACGCCCAAGUGUUGUUAUUAAUAAUAAAAGCAACGAUCAUGAAUCACAACAA